UUACUGCUGCAUCUGCUAUUGCCAACAUUGUGAAGAGUUCGCUUGGGCCAGUUGGUCUGGAUAAGAUGUUGGUGGACGAUAUUGGGGACGUGACCAUUACUAAUGAUGGUGCAACCAUUCUGAAACUGCUAGAAGUGGAACAUCCGGCUGCAAAAGUUCUUUGUGAGCUGGCAGACCUGCAAGACAAAGAAGUUGGCGAUGGGACAACCUCAGUGGUAAUUAUUGCUGCUGAACUUCUAAAAAAUGCAGAUGAGCUAGUGAAACAGAAAAUUCAUCCUACCUCCAUUAUUGGUGGAUACCGACUUGCUUGCAAGGAAGCAGUUCGCUACAUCAAUGAAAAUCUUAUUAUUAACACAGAUGAAUUGGGCAGGGAGUGCCUAAUUAAUGCUGCUAAAACAUCAAUGUCCUCUAAAAUAAUAGGAAUGUAUCCUUUGACUUCAUCAACUUAA